UCUUCAGUUUACUUUUUGCACCUUACCGCGAAACACGUCCUGCGAAAUGGCGGAGUUUAGUAAAUACUUUUAUGAGAGGAUGGGUGAGAAAUCGUGUAGUUUCUUCACACAUCCUGGUGUCACGUGUGAGCAUUUUGCCUUUACGACUUUCAUUGAUGGGAUUAUUGGUGGACUACAGUACUACUUCCCCGUGAUUAUCCUUCCGUGCUUGCAUAAAUUUGAUCGAUGGAGUUGGGAGUUUUGGAUUAAGAUCCUGCGAGAGUAUGGGCAAUCAGUUAUGGCAGGAUCGUGUUUUAUGAUCUUCUUCGCCUUUGGAUGUUUCUGUUUCCUCUUCAAUUUUAUCAAGAAAAUUCACAACAUUUUUGUAUUUGUGCCGUGCCUAACUGGUUCGCUAUUUUGUCACUUACUACCAAAGCACGUACGUGAGAUGCAGGCAAUUGGUGGCUUCAACAUGCUCAUUGAAUACUUUAUAAAAUCCUCAAAAAGUAACGUUGUGCAAACUCUUAAACGAUCAAGGAUCUUUGCGACAUUUUUCUUCCAACUCUUUGGUGCAACAAUUGCUUAUGUUUUCAAACGAUCGAACGUUAGAAAAUUUUGGUUCUUCAAUAUUCCUCUACCCGAAGACACAAAUACCUCAAUCUCAAAUUGCUGUGAAAGAAGAGAUGGAUGGAUGGAUAAAAUAAUUCCCAUAUCACGACAUGUUUGUUCACAUGACGAAAGCUGUGAGACGUUCGUAAUGAAAGAAUUGAAGAAAACAACGAGUUUCGGACUAAUGGUUACCCUGCUGAAAGCUUUGGUGUCACAAAGCUCAUUCUUCGACAGGACAUUCUUCACACAAUUGGCCAGUAACUUUGACUACCGGCUCUUCUUCUUCCUCUCAUCCUACGGUAGUCUCUUUAAAUUUUUCAACUGCCUCACAAAUCGCUACGCACAGACAGACUCCCCCAAAACCUCCACAAUAGCUGGUUUCAUGGCAGGACUUGCCUUUAUGUUCUACCCAAGAUAUGUCUUUUUCUCCUUUGGCCUAAGUCGCACCAUUCAAGUCCUCUGGCAGUACUACAAUGAAACAGCAAAGGACAAACCGAAAUUCAUUGAAUUCCUCAACAAACUCCCCCACAGUACGCUAAUCUAUGCCUUCUCCGCAGCAUUCCUCUACCAAUGUCGUGUCUUCAAUCCGAGCGAGACACCAAAGUACGUUCACCACAUUAUGACAAUUGCCACACAGAAGAGAAGUGAUACCCUGGCGGAGUCCUACGCUGCAAUGAUAAUGGGUUUCGCGUAGAAUUAUCGUCA